AUGAGUGGCUCAAAGAAAAUACAAUAUCCCUUUUGGUAUGGUGGUGCUUCAAGUAUGGCUGCAUGUUUAGUAACUCAUCCAUUAGAUUUAGCCAAGGUCAGAUUACAGACUGCUUCAAAACCAGGUCAAUCUUUAAUAUCAAUGAUCUAUCAAAUUAUAACUAAAGAAGGGUUCUUUAAAAUUUAUUCAGGUUUGACUGCUUCUUUAUUAAGACAAGCUACUUAUUCAACAACAAGAUUUGGAAUUUAUGAAUUUUUAAAAGAAGAAUAUAUUGAAUAUUCACAUAAUCCAAAACCUGCUACAGGUAUACUAUUGCCAAUUUCAAUGAUAUCCGGAGCAUUGGGUGGAUUAGUGGGGAAUCCAUCAGAUGUGGUAAAUAUUCGUAUGCAAAAUGAUUCAACAUUACCAAAAGAACAAAGAAGAAAUUAUAAAAACGCAUUCGAUGGAAUAUAUAAAAUAAUAAAGACAGAAAAUGUAUCGUCAUUAUUCAGAGGUUUAUAUCCAAAUUUGGUCAGAGGUGUUUUGAUGACUGCAUCUCAAGUUGUAACUUAUGAUAUUGCAAAGACAUUAUUAGUUGAUAAAGUUCAUUUAGAUCCAUCAAAGAAAUCAACUCACUUUAGUGCUUCAUUAUUAGCGGGUUUAGUUGCAACAACUGUUUGCUCCCCAACAGAUGUUGUGAAAACAAGAAUAAUGAAUGCAAAAGUUCUGAAUGAAAACGCAUUUACAAUUUUAAAAGAUGCUAUUAAAACUGAAGGAAUUGGAUUUAUGUUUAGAGGUUGGUUACCAUCAUUUAUAAGAUUGGGACCACAUACAAUUGUAACAUUUUUAGUACUUGAACAAUUAAGAAAGUAUAAAUUGGGUAUGUAA